GCGUCCUCUGACUGCUAGAUCCGACGACUGGGCCGAUGUUACUGAUGAAGAGGAGGAUAGUCCUCCAGCCAGAAAGCGAAGAAGCAUACAAACCCCCUCCCCAGCGGAUUCGACACCACUUCAUGUACGCCAACCUACCGGAACAACUACGCCGGCAAGUAAUGCCACGCCCAUCACAACUAGUUCUGUAUCACUCUCCUUCAUCGACUCAUGUUCCCCCGGCUCUUAUCGGCUCGACUCCAAUCCUGACGAAAACGAAUAUCAAAAUCUUGAUCGCCACCAUUUCGCCGCCACUUCGGAUAAGAUUCCUCCUCUCCUGAGAAUCAGAUAUGAUGAUAAAGGGAGAAAAGAUACUAGACGCGCCACCUCCAUUGUGGACCAGUGAUGAAUUUUGUUGCAUGGCAAGGAGUCACCUGUGCGAGGAUAAGACGUUCCCGUCUCCAUUCCUCUCAUGGACUGAAAAUCCGAAAAGAGCACUCGACCUCAUCGUGGAAAGUGAUGGAAGUGAGACAUCCCUGUCACUGGCUGUAGUGGACUACAACGUGUUGGAGAGGGAUCUCAUCCGAAGAUUCGGCGAGGGCGCUGGUCCAUGGCUUGUGAAGACAAUUUGCGAUACGUUCGGCCUCUCAGAUCUUAACAGGAUCCACGAUAACAAAAGCAAAACCCACGAGAGUCGGAAAGGCUACACUGGCACCGGCGAGUUUCUUACUUGGUGUUCCGUUCAGUGUGACUUGUUGGUUGGCACACUAGACACAGCAGCAGCCAUGAAACUGUACAAGACAAUGGAAGAUAUGAAGAGGAUAAGCUACAAGGCUGGAUUGGUCCUAGGCGAAUGUCUACAAGAUACUGAUAUGAACGAUAUUUAUCGUGAAGUUGUCAGCUACAAGCUCACAAGGGCAUUUAAGAAAUUGGAUUGCCUCAAGGGUUCGCCUCGGUACAAGUCUUUCAUUCAAGGGGUAUCCUGGAAGAUUCACCAUGCGACAAGUCCGACGGUAUUUUUGGCGGACGGCUUGAUAAGCCUCGAGAUCAAUUGCGCACUGGCCCUGAUAAUUGGACCUCUCUGGGCGAAACAGAAGUCCAGUGUCUUGUGGAUGCACAGCUAUUCGAGACCGGUGCGCUAUUCGGUGUUGCUGGGGAAGGAGGUGAUUUUAUGGGCGAAGCUGAAGCUGGAAGUACUAUCGGCGUUGCAGAGGCAACAACUCAACCAGUCUCGACGACUAACGACGGAGCCGCGGACAUUGUGAAAGUCGAGUUAUCCCAAUUCGAAUCGACAACAAAAGUGCUCGACAUUCCCGAGUGGCAGCCUACGAAGACACUACGCGGCGAUAGAGAUGCUGGAAAGAAGACUCUAGGUCAGAGGUCCUCAGCGAAAUUCAAUGCGUUCAAAGUACUGGAGGCUCAGCAAGCGACAAUUCUGGCUGGCGACGAGAGGACCGCGUUGUCCUUGGAUCUUCAUGCAGACACACGCCGAAAUGAAGGUCAGCCAACUACUAACGUACCAUCUCGUCGUCGCUCCUCGGUUUAUAUCGAUCUUACCGACGACAACGAUCCAUCAAGCCAUCAACCACGGAAGAAGCACGCCAAUACGGGUUUAGUUGACUAUAACGCCA